UUAUUCUUCCGCAGGCCAUGUUCGCUCGCGUUUCCUUCUACCCGACGUUGUUCUACAACGUGUUUAUGGAGAAGGUGACCAAACGGAACUGGUACGAUCGGAUCGACGAGAACAUGAUCCUGGGGGCGCUGCCGUUCCGGUCGUUUGCGCCGGAGAUGAUCAAACAGGAAAACAUCAAGGCGGUGGUUUCUAUGAAUGAAGACUACGAGCUGUGGGCGUUUUCGAACAACAAGGAUCGGUGGGCGAAGCUGGACGUUGAGUUCCUGCAGUUGGCCACGACGGACAUCUUCGAGGCGCCCUGCCAGGACAAACUGUGGACCGGGGUGAGGUUCAUUAACGGGUUUCUUCCGCAGAACAAGAGCAUAGCGGGGCUGACGGCGGUGGAAGGAGAGCAAAAGGCGCCGGGAGAUCGAGUUGGGACGGUGUACGUUCACUGUAAGGCCGGCAGGACGAGGAGUGCCACGCUGGUCGGGUGCUACUUGAUGAUGCGCAACGGCUGGAGCCCGGAACGGGCCGUGCAACACAUGCGCGAGUGCCGACCGCACGUCCUGCUCGGCAGCAAGCAGUGGGAAGCGCUGCGGAUAUUCCACAGCACACGGAUCGCACCGGAAGCGACGACAACGACCUAAAAUAGACUGCUCAACAAAGGUCUAGUUCUGUAAAUAAGAGGAAGCUUAUCGAGAUGACCCCAGACGCCUAUAGAGUUCCGAAGGAAGCAUGGACAACGGAUUUAGAGAUUAUUUAUCUACGGCAUUCGCAUCUUUCGACUCGAUAUACAGUAAUGUAUUUACUUUGAAAUAAGAGACAUAACUUUGUUAUUCAAAUUUGCUUUCGCUCGGCGACUCAAGAUCGUGA